AUGGAAAAACAAAUCAACAUAGAGAGUAGUGCUUCCGUUAUAACAACCUCCACCGCCACCACCGCGACGUCUUCGUCGGAAUCUUGGUCUUCCUCCAAAAGAUCGUUAGUGCAAGACAAUGAAGCCGACGGCAAACGGCGGAAGAGGAGCAACGAUAAGUGUCAGACGACGCCAUAUAGAGGAGUAAGGAAGAGGAGCUGGGGAAAAUGGGUGUCGGAGAUUAGAGAGCCAAAGAAGAAAUCGAGAAUAUGGCUUGGCACUUAUCCAACGGCUGAGAUGGCAGCUCGAGCUCAUGACGUGGCGGCUUUAGCCAUUAGAGGCAACUCCGGUUAUCUCAAUUUCCCUGAAUUAUCCGGUUUGCUUCCUCGUCCGGUUAGUUCCUCCCCCAAGGAUAUCCAAAUCGCAGCUGCCAAAGCAGCAGAAGCCACGUGGCGAGAACCGGUUCAUGAUCAUGAGAAAGCCAAGCGGCUCAUGGGAACUGAUGAGCUAAGCCAUUCCGAGUUGUCCACGGCUCAGUCGUCGGCUUCGAGCAGUGUUGUGUUUUCUUCCGACACGUCGGAGACUUCAAGUACUCAUGAUAAAGAAAGCAACGAAGAGACUGUGUUUGAUUUGCCGGAUCUUUUCACCGAUGGGCUGAUGAACCAAAACGAUGCGUUUCGUUACUACGACGACACUUCCACGUGGCAUCUUUAUGAAAAUGAUGUUUGGUUUCGGCUCGAAGAGCCGUUUACUUGGCGGAAUAAUUAAAACCACCCUCUGUUUGCUUUACUAACGUACAGUUUUUCCAAUAUGGUUUUCUACAUUUUUGAGUAUGUUACU